AUGGAUCAACCUUAGUAAAACAAGGAAUCCCUUGAUGUUAGGUAGAUGGGCCAGAGAGAGUAGUUAGAACCACCCAUUGAUGAAUCCAACCCUGCUCACUCAGAGCCAGACUAAUUUGAAUUAUAUGUGGUGAAAGGAUUUGACUUAGACCCUAGCCUAGCCAAUGAAAAUCAACUGAAAUUAUGGGAAUUAAUGUAUGGAAUAGGCCUAGCUGGGAACAUCUUCGUGGUGUUUGUCAAAGAAAUGAAUGACCCACCUGAACUACAAAAGAAAAUCAAAUUAUUGAGUUUGAUACUCAAUGGUAGCUGGUUCAGGUUGAAUCAAAUCUGCUAGUUCUUGAAGGAGAACGAAAAGUUGAAGAAUGAGGACAUCCUGAAGAACACCAUUUCCAAGAUCAUCGUAUCUCUCAACAAUCCAUUGGACCUCCUGGAUUCUUUCCCUAAAGGCUUAAUGAAUCAAUUAUACAAGCACGAUACCUACUUCUACAAUUUCUAGAUCUCGAACCUUCAGUAGUGCCAGGGUAACCUACUGUAGUUGAUGGAGACAUCUCAUGUGCCCUAUGUCAAGAGAGUAAUUGAAUAUAAUAGAGAAUGUAUUUAUUUGGAGAAUGGCCCUUACCUAAGCUUCAUAAACUACAGGCCUGCUGGCGACUCUAAUAAGAACAACGAUCCUAGUGGAUUGUAAAUUUAGUUUUCGCAAAAUCAAGUAGAUAAGGAUGUGGAAACCAUUAAGACCUUGACCCCUAGUUAGUUAAAUCUUAUGAGUAAAUUUAGUUUCUUAAAGAAACCAACCCAUAUAGAACUGCAAGCAGUCUAAAGUAACUCUGCAAUAACCAAUGUCACCUUGGCUAAUGAUGAGCAAGACAAAAAAUUCGAGUCUAAUGACUAGCAAGAUAAUCUUGAUCUUCAAUCACCAGGUUCUAUAUCCAGCUAGACCUUAUCCUAGGGCAAAAACAAUCUUUUCAAAAAGUAAGAUGAUUGCAUAAUUAAGGUUAGUGCUGGUCUUGGGCCUUAAAUGUAUGGUAAUGCUCCUCAAAGUGAAGAGGAGUAGAAGCACAUUGGUGGACAAGGUGGUCUGAAAGGCAAUCAUGGCGAGAAGACAAUUGAAAAUUCACAACAUAAGAUUUUAUAUUUCCUAGAUGUACCUUCAACUUAAACCAAAUACCUGGGUCCUGCUGUUAAUGUUCUCCAACAAGAUAUAUUCCCCCUGGGCAAGUCUAAUGAGAAAGAUAUUGCAAUCAAUUCAAAGGCCUAAAAUGAGGAGGUAGUACUACCUCUGUAGAAUCAGAAUGAUCUCAAACUACCAGGCUUGCAGAAUCAAUAGGAUGAGGUGGAUGUGGAAGAUAUUGAAUAAGCAAUGGUGGAUGUAAUUGAGCCUAACCAUAUACAGAACUUGGAUUCAGCUAGUGAAGAUGAAUUCGAUGCAGGGUAAGCAAAUCAACUGAGCAAGCUUGAUCAAGACAACUUGCUUGAGGAAUCAAAGAAUGUGGUGGUUGAAGAAGAGAUACAGAAGUUGCCUAAUUGUGAAGAUGGGUAGGCCUUGGGUGAAAACUUUGAACAAGACCAUCUCCUUGAGUAAUAUGCCUCCAACAGAAGUCAAUCGCAAAAGAAGAGUGAAGAGCAACCUCACUUGAUCUAAUAACAGCAAAACUAGGAGAAGGAGGUAGUUCAUCAAGAACUAAUCUCUAAUGCUGUUCAAGAUUAACAACAACCACAGCCUAACCUCAGGCUUGAACCUGAGGCUUUCAAUUAAAUCAGUGAUGAAUAACCUCGUAUGCAAGAUAAAGAAGUCCAGGUCUAGGAAUUACCAUAUGAAAUAAAUGAGCCCAAUGUAGUUCAUGCUAGCUAGAUGGAAUAACAGAAACUCGAAUUAGCAUAGAUGGCGAAUAACGAUAUGGGAUAGCUGGUACAAUUAGACAAGCAGAUCAAGAAACAAGUAAAGAUCUCUUCACUUCAAGAACUACCUUAACCAGAUGAAAAUUAUCAAGCUGAUCUUGACUAAGGUCAAGUCCAACCAUCUUUGAAGAAAUAACCAGCUAGACCCAGCAUGCUUUCUAAUUUAAAUAAAACUAAGGAAGUGAAACUGAAUACCCUGGCUAGUCUCUCAUUGGUGGGUGAUGCUGUAAAGGACAUUACUCAUCCUAGUAAAAGUUGCGAUGGAUUCAGGUCAUAAAAGAUGUUUUACUAAUUCAACCAAGUCUAAUUAAUUGUGGUGAAGAAGUUAAAGCGAAUCAAUGUAUACCUGGAAAAUGCAACGAAGAAGGACAAGCAUAAUCUACACGAAUACCUAAAAUUCCUGUAAGAAAAAAUCAAGGAAGUGGUUGAUCAAUAGAUCCAUGUCAUUCUGCAUCAAGAAAUGGAUGUGAACCUAAGGUUCUUCUAAAUGAUGAAUCGACACUUCUAAUACAAGGCCAAAGGUAGUUCUGCGAAAGUUAAACAAUAAAAAACAAAUAAAUAAAUAUACGAACUGUAGUGGUUCGAAGCCAACGAAGGAGAAGUACAAGAAAAAGGUCCUCUAAAAAUGACAUCUUAGUCCAUCUACAAUGAAGAAGACUUUGCAAAGCUGCUCAAUGAUGGUAAGAAGAUCUUCAAUAGGCAAGAGCUUAAGCUCGACUAUGUCUCUGCAUUUAAACAAAACUACAUCACCUAGAGUAGGGUGAUCCAGAGGAAUUUCAGCGAUAGACACUACAUCAAAUACAAUCUCAUCACCCAGAGGGUGCAGACUCUGACCAAAGUUGAAUAGCAUAUACUAGAUCAACUAAUCUCAACUAACAUUGACAUUCUUAAGGAAGGUAAAGAUUAUCCUAGCAAAAGUAGAACUGGGUCCCCCUACUUCUUCUAAGGCAACUAUCGAAUGAUGUACUUCCCACAUAAGUACAUUGAAAGAAAACAUUUAGCUGAAAAAAUAAUGAGGACUGACCUGGUCUUCGAUUUCAUCACUCAUCAAAAGAAGACCUACAAGUCUUUCAACCAUACCGUCAUCUUCAAGCAAUUGACUCGCUUCAACUAUAACAGCUACUACAACUACCUGGAUGAACUCAUGAACUGUGCCAACAUCCUCAUGGAUGGGAUCAUCUACAAUGAUCGAAAAUGUUUCGAGGUCCUGCUGGCUUGUCUUUAUCCUUAAAUCAAGAGCUUGCUAUGUCACGAGGAAGCUCUAUCGCCAGACUACUUCCCCUUCGUCGAGGUUAUGAACAGCAUUGUCUUCAAUAGACAUCUCAAGAACUACGAGUUCAAAUGCUUUUACAACUCUACUCCAGACCCCCAUCACCUAACAGGUGAACUAUUGCCAGAUAUGAAAACCAUCAUUGAUCAAAAUAAAGAUUGCUUCAAGCCCAUCCUCACUAGAGGUUCUGUGAUAGUGGAGUUCUCUUAUUUUUUGGCUGGAUGUGGUACAUCUAAGGUACACUUCGUGGUUCUAAGAGUCAAUGACUAAGGGAAGAUCUAUAUGCAGUCAAGCAAGAGCUUGAGUAAGAGAGUGCCCCAGCUAUAUGGAAGUGGAACUGCUAGCUUCAAAAGCAAGUUCCUGGUGGAUGACUUGUUCUUUGAUAAAACUCAGGCCAACAGGUACAGGUUCGAUGUCUAUCGAGUGAGGUUCUAUUCUUGUACAAGACUCAAAGAGUAACCUCUAUCCAGCUAUAAUGAAAAGCCUAUCGACUACCACUUUAAAAUCAGGAACAACCUGGUGCUGUUCUUUUCAAACCUCCUAGAACUAGACAACCUGAUUUGUGAUCUCAGCAAAGGUCUUGGGAAGUUCCUCAAUGUGGUGGGAUUUUUGCAACCUCGCUACACCUUCCAUAACGGAGCAUAGUCUGAGUCUGAUGAUCAUGAUGAGGCAAUACAGGAGGAGGCCAAGGCUCCUUAACCUAAUAAGAAUGAGAACCACCUGCUGGAGAAUGAAUUCAUUAAUGAUACUCUAAACGAUUUCACUUGCCAAAAGGCUCUAGCUCAAUUAGGUAAGAUUAUUUUAAUGCUUACCCUGGUACCUACAGAUCAUUUUAAAUCGAUAAUGCCCUACCUGGAGGAUGCUAAUCAUAUCUAGUAUCUCGACUUCGUACUAGCUUAUGCCAAACUAACCUACCAAAAGAAUGACUUCAAGGAAAAUAUCUAAGCAACUAACUUCAUCCAGGACAUUCUAGAUAUCUGGGAUGAAGAGUUGAAGUCUCAGACCUUCGUCUGUCAACAAACAAAGCAAAGGCUAGCAGUAAUUAAAGCAAGCAUUACCUUUGAUCAUAUAAGUCAAGAUGACUCUCAAAACCUACUACCACUAGACAUAUGCUACUGGAUCAAGAGGGACCUCUAUCACGAUAAACACACUAUCGAAGUCGAUGAACAUGAUGCUCCCAAACUAAGGUAAAUUGGCAAUUCAAUAAUGGGGCAUCUUCGAAAUCAAUGCGACAUGACCCAGGAUACUCUGAUUAAGUCCUUGAAAUAAAACUUUGCCAACAGUUAAUCUAAAAAAUUCUAAAAACUAGCCUUCCUAGCAGGGUACAUCCAUCCAGAAGACAUUUCCAAAGAAUAGAGUUCCUGGUUCGGCUUUGGUACAUGUGAAGGGGUUUCACCAGAAUUAUAAGAUUUAAGUAAGCUGGAAAAUAAAACAAACUGCUCAACAAGAGCACCAAGCAUGGCCUCCUAGAGGACUAGCUCGAUUAAUAAUAUACAGGGUGGUGGUGAGAACAUUAUUGCAAAUCCCAUAAAUGUGCAGGAUGGUGAUGAGAUCAUUAUUGAAAAUCCCAUAGAUUUACGGGAUUGCUUUAUCACCACCUUCGAUGCCAUGUUCUACCCCAAGGUAGAGCAGUGCUAUGAUAGUUCAGACUAGGAUUAGGAGAAGGUAAUGAGAGGACAAAAGAAAUCAAAAAAGAGGGGUAGGGGCAUGUAGGUCAAAAAUUAUAGCAGUAAUCCUAACCCAAGAAAAGCCUAACGCAAUCCAUCCUAGACUGUUACUCGAAAUCAAGGAUAGAGAUCUCUCUCACCACCUCAAUUGAAAGGUGAAAUGCUCUCUCGAGCUAUUGUAUAGAAGCCCUAGAUCUAAUCAAGCAAAUUGGGAAGUAAGCGUAGUAAUGAACAGAGGUAGGUUGACUUCGAUGACAAUGACGAGGUCCUAGGAGAAUCAACAAUAAAGAUAAAACCAUAGCCAUUAAAGAAGAGGGUCCAGAUGGACCAAGAAGAGCAAAAGAGAUUAUUGAAAAAUGAUGAAGUUGAAAUUCGGUCUAAGCAGAAGACCUAGAUUGGGCGAUAGCUUUCAUCAGAUUCAAAACCCCAUAAAAGACAGAGGACCAGGGAGGACCUUGGGCCAGUGCCAGUGUCAGCUAAGAAUAUGAUAGGUUAUGAUAGAAUUAAACAAUCUAGUAACCGUUCUAUAUCGCCUAUUGCAGAUAGAUCCGGCUAGGUGGCUCAGAAGCAAAACAAAAACUUAAUUGAUGUGGACCUACCAGAAGACGAGUCUAUGUCUUACGAGUCACCAAGUGACAAGCGAGAGAAGGGUGAUGUGGAUGAAGAUAUCGAGAUUGACUGA